CACUCCUCUCGCCAUGACAUCGCCAGCCGACCGGCGCAUCGUCGUGCUCAUCUCGGGCUCCGGCUCAAACCUGCAGGCGCUGCUGGACGCCGCCGGCUCCUCUUCGCUGCCCGGCGCACGCGUCACGCAGGUGCUGUCGAACCGCAAGGCCGCGUACGGCCUUGAGCGCGCUAAGAAUGCUGGCGUGCCGAGCGCCACGCUGUCUUUGAGCCCAUGGCUCAAGGCGCACCCCGGCUCGUCGCGCGACGACUACGACGGCCUGCUCGCCCAGGCCGUGCUGGCCGGCGGCGAGGGCAAGUCAGAAGAGGUGCUCGCAGCCGCACGCGAGGGCGCUGCUUCCUCGUCAAGCGCACCUGCAACUGCGCUGCCCGACCUUGUCGUGCUCGCCGGCUUCAUGCACAUCGUCUCGUCGGCCUUCCUGGCGCCGCUGCGGCGCGCCGGCGUGCCCGUCAUCAACCUGCACCCGGCGCUGCCGACGCAGUUCGACGGCGUCGACGCGAUUGGGCGCGCCUGGCGUGCGUUCCAGGACGGCACGCUCAAGGACGGCAAGACGGGCGUCAUGGUGCACGAGGUCAUCGAGGAGGUGGACCGCGGCGCGCCCAUUGUGGUGCGCGAGGUGCCGUGCAGGGAGGGAGAGAGCCUGGAGGAGCUGGAGACGCGCAUCCACCAGGUGGAGCAUGAGAUCAUCGUCGAGGCCACACGGGAGAUGCUGCAGCGCAAGCAACGGUGAGGAGGCAAUGUCACCAAUCACAAGGCGCUGGCGUGAUAUGCAUUGUCAGGGCAUGAGGGCUGCGGCAUCUAUGAGAGGGAUGGACGCGACG